AUGGGUUUUGGCCAUAGAUGGCGGGGGUGGAUUAAGGAGUGUGUCUGCUCUGUGUCUAUGUCGGUUCUUAUAAAUGGGUCUCCCUCUAAGCCAUUCAAGAUGAAAAGGGGACUACGACAAGGAGACCCUUUAUCUCCUUUUCUGUUUGUGCUAGUUGUUGAUGUGCUACAUAGGAUGAUUAGGGAGGCAAUGAGGAAUAGCCGCAUCUAUCCACUUUUGGUUGGGCAGGAUAAUAUCGAGCUAUCGCACUUGCAGUUUGCAGAUGACACCAUUCUAUUCUGCCCUACUGAGGAAGAGACUAUCAGGAACUACAAGCGAUUGUUGCGUUGUUUUGAGUUAAUGUCUAGGUUGAAUAUUAAUUUUGAGAAGUCCAGCUUCAUUCUGGUUAAUAGUGAUCACUUGCCUAUCUACUAUCUUAGCCUAUACAAGUUGUCGAAGGCGGUAGCGGAGAAGUUGAUCUCACUCCAAAGGCGCUUCUUGUGGAGUAAAGAGGAUGGGAGAAAUGGGAUACCACUAGUAAAAUGGGAAGUGGUGAUGGCUCCGAAAAAGGCAGGUGGUCUAGGUGUUGGUGACGCAGUGAUUCGGAAUACAGCUUUGCUCUUUAAGUGGUGGUGGAGGUUCUCGAAAGAGGAUUGUCCCCUAUGGAAGAAAGUCGUCUGUUCCUGUAAUAACAUGAAUCCGUCUGAGAUGCUGUGUGGUCAGCCUGUGCCUACAAGAGGGAGUCGUUAG